AUGACUCAAACUGAGAAAAUUACUUUCAAAUCUAUUGUAUGGGUCCAAUUCUUACUGUUUUCUUGUGUAUCAGAUGAUACGGGAAAUCGACUUCGGUUCCAGCUGGAGUUAGAGUUUGUUCAAUGUCUGGCAAAUCCAAAUUACCUCAACUUUCUUGCACAAAGAGGCUACUUCAAAGACAAAGCUUUUGUAAAUUAUCUUAAAUAUUUACUUUAUUGGAAAGAACCUGAAUAUGCAAAAUACCUGAAGUAUCCUCAAUGUUUGCAUAUGUUAGAGCUGCUCCAAUAUGAACAUUUCCGCAAAGAACUGGUAAAUGCUCAGUGUGCUAAGUUUAUUGAUGAGCAACAGAUUCUUCACUGGCAGCACUACUCACGGAAAAGAAUGCGCCUCCAGCAAGCACUUGCAGAGCAGCAGCAACAAAACAACACCUCUGUAAAGUGAGAAACACUUGGAAGAGUGAUGAUAAGGUGUACUUUGUGUCAGCUGAAGUAUUUACAAGAGAGGAAUGAACCCUUUCGUAGGUUUGCCUCUGGGUGUGUGUACAUUUAAUUUUUGAUUUAUCAAGUGACUGAUUUGGGUUUUUUCUCUUUAAUCACCUUUUUUAAAGAUACCAAGACUGAUAAACACCUACUUCUGCAAUU